UAAUUUAAUUUAAAUUUAGAUUGAAAACCUGAACCUGAAGGAUUUCCAAAACAACAUAUACAAAAAAUGGCGAUGAAAGAAAAAGAGAAAAUCGUGGAAAUCGUUUAUUCAUCGGUGAAAAAGACCAAGAGAUCCUCCGAUUCGCAAAAUGCGCCAAUUGGACGAGGUUGCGUGCGGUGACGUCAUCGGCGCUCUUGUCGCACACAUGCGCCCUCCGAGCUGCGCACGUUCGCGGACGAUUGUUUUGACAAGUGCCCCGAUUGGAUUUAAAGGGAUCUGAAGCAUCCGUCAAUGAGAGUAUGGUGGAGUACAUGGAUUCUAAUUAAUAACCGUUCGUCACGUAAUCGUAUGCCAGGAUCUUGCGUUCGUCGAAACGCUCUCGUUUCGAUUGUACAACCUUUAACCUGCUGAGAAAUAUGGCACUGACCAAUAUCUUGCUACUCAGCCAAAUAGCGGGCUACGUCGUAGCUCUUAUUCUGUCGCUCUGCAUCAUUGUGCCGAUGAGCCUGCACCAGGAUGAGUUUCGGGGACAUUGUCUUCUGUUCUCCACUGGGGUCUGGCAGGAGUCGGAUGGCCAGUUUGUGGUGAAAUGGGCAUCACAGGCUUACUGUAAUUACACCAUAUUUGUAGGCCUGGUACUCCUCAUAGCAUCAGCGGUACAGAUCUACCGGUUGUCCUUGCUGAUGUACCGCAGCGAGGACAGCUCGUUCCUCUCAGCUUUCGUGGACGUCGUCACAUCCAUCAUCCUCGCCACCGUCACCCUGAUUGCGGCGAUUAUCGUUACCUUAGGCUUUAUGACGUGGUGCCAAUGUAUGACCAAGAGGUUCCCUUCGUGCGAGCUAGCCGCUGGAAAUGAUAUCGACAAGGCUGACGGCAUCGACACGUCCGGCUUUCAUAUCGAACUUGGCGCUGCUCAAUUCGGCAUCUGGAGCAGUCUUUCGAUUUGGGUCGGUUUGUCGGUUUUCGCGGUCUUAAAACUGUUGCGAUACCAUCAACUCGAAAAUAUGAAGGUCUCCAUGUAUAGAGAGAGGCAAAAAUUGAUAGAAGCCACUACCAGCGGUCAGCAACAGGAGCCGAGUUAAAAUUUGAUGGUCCAAGUUUUCGUUUUCAGGACUGAUAUGUUUAUAAGAAUACGUUUGUUAACUUGCAGAGGUAAAUAAGACUAUAUCUCUAACAACAUAUAUUUUAUGUAAACAGUUACGUUAUAGGUGUGAAUUCUUCAUUAGUUUUGAAACGCACACAAUUUCUGCGCGAAUGAAAUGAUAUAUUAAUAUAAUGGCUAUUAUUUGUGAACACUGAUGCAGAGUCGAUUAGUUUCACAAAAAAAUACAAUUUAAUAUUUUUUAAUUAAAACCAACAUACCUGUGUCUACAAUAAAAUAUUUUUGAAAUAUCACACACAAAUAGGGAUAAUCUCAUUUACUACUGAAGAAAAAUUCUUCAAUAAAAAUGAACAAAAAGGCUCUAAUAAAAGAUAAAACACAAAGAGGAAAAUGAGCUAAUGACAGCCAAACGUAGAAAACAGUGCAAAUAAAUAACUUCAUAAAAAAUUUUUUGUUUCCAUUUCUUAUCGGACUAUUUUUAGUUGUCUAAUUGUUAACAAAAUUAUUUGUGAGCAUAUUAUUUUUUUAGCACAAUGACAUUUUUGUGACAAUGUCAUAUUAUUGCAUCUGUCAAGUUCUCUAACAGCUGGAACCGAUUGGAGGAUUUACAUUUUUACUAUUUUUCUAUUUGAAUCAUGAUGGAUUGCAUGGAAGUCGAAUAACACAAUUUUUAUAUAAUUAUAUAUACUAGUCAUAUUUUAUUAUUUUUAU